AUGCCUCCCAUAACACGAGCAGCUCAGGUCAACGAGGAAGAUGAUGACCUCGAUUUUGUUUCUGACACAAAAGCCGAGCAGACAGAUCAGGAUGUGGGACGCGAAGCUGAAAACGAAAACAACCACGCCGCCGCCGGGAAGCCCAACGAAGCAGAAGAAGCAAACAGGGACGCCGACAAAAACAAUACUGGCCAGAAGCGUAAAUCUCCACCUACGGACACUUCAAACUCACAACCCAGUAAUAAAGCAGCACGACAGAACGCGGACUCUUCAUCUGACAGCCCUAAGAAGCUAUUGAACUUCUUGCUCUCACCCAAAGCACUUCCUUACUGUUUCCCUGAAGAAGAGCUUGCGGCCGCUAAAACGUCGUCGAAAUAUAAGUCGUAUUCACUCUCGUCGCCAGCAUCAUUCACGCCGUUCGAGCACCUGGUAUGCGCGCAUCUUCUGUCCAAGCCGCUCAGCCACAAUAUCGGCAUGCGCAGCAUCCGUACACUUCUUAAUGACCCAUUCAACUUCACCACUCCCGAGGAAAUCACCUCCGCUGGUGAACACCGCGUGUGGGAGGCUCUUGAAGAAGCACGCACGCAUCAUCGGCAGAAGACUGCUUCGUACCUCUACGGCACCGGACAGGCGUAUUCUGACUCCGAAACGAUGUUUGCUUUGGCCCAAGAAGCCAACGACUCAGGCCCCGCUGGUGUCAUUGAACACAUCAAGUCCACCGUUCCAGGGCUGGCUACCGUGGGCGGUGAGAUCUUCUGCCGGAGAGUGCAGUGUGUUGAUGGCUGGGGCGAUGCGCUUUGGCCGUAUGCGGACAGCAAGGCGCUUGAUUCGCUGGGCCAGAUGGGGAUUGAGGUCCAGGAUGCAGAGGACCUCAGGGACACCAUCAAAUGUGACGUCAAUCUGGAUCAAGUCAAGGACAUGGGCUUGCAUGAAAGAAACUUGAGCAGUCAGCGGCUAGUUAGAGACGAGGAGACGACGUACAUGCAGGCGGUGUUUGUGGUGUUGCUCGAAAGAGCGAUCGGAUGUGUCUUGGAAAAUAAAGUUGAUGAAUUGAAGAAGGCUGCUGCAAAGGCGUAG